AUGCAGUCCGCACGGAGACCGUUCGCGCCGCACGCGAAAAAGCUCUCCGCGGUCCCGAAGCCCGGCCCGCCGCCCUUCGUGUACCGGGACCUCUUCGAGCAGACGGAGCCCGUCGACGUGCCCUACCGCAAGCUCGAGGGCUCCGAGGCCUGGGUCAGCGAGGUGGCGGGCCCCCUGGGCCGGAGCUACGUCCACGUCGCGCCGGAGGCGCUGACGGCGCUGACCAAGGCCGCGAUGACGGACGUUGCGCACCUGCUCCGGCCAGGGCACCUCCGGCAGCUCGCGUCGAUCCUCGACGACCCCGACGCGUCGUCGAACGACCGCUUCGUGGCGCUGGAGCUGCUCAAGAACGCCAACGUCGCCGCGGGCAUGGUCCUGCCGGGGUGCCAGGACACGGGCACGGGCAUCGUCAUGGGCAAGCGCGGCGCGCUCGUGUUGACGGACGGCGACGACGCCGCGCGCCUCGCGCGGGGCGUCUACGAGACCUACGUCGAGCGGAACCUGCGCUACAGCCAGGUCGCGCCCAUGGACAUGUUCGCGGAGAAGAACACGGGCUCGAACCUGCCCGCGCAGAUCGACCUCUACGCCGCCGAGGGCGACGAGUACCACUUCCUCUUCGUCGCCAAGGGCGGCGGGUCGGCGAACAAGACCUUCCUCUUCCAGCAGACCAAGGCGCUGCUGAACGAGGCGUCCCUGCUGGCCUUCGUCGAGGAGAAGAUCAAGGGCCUGGGGACCGCGGCGUGCCCGCCGUACCACCUCGCGCUCGUCGUCGGCGGCCUGUCGGCGGAGAUGACGCUCAAGACCGUCAAGCUCGCGUCGACGAAGUAUUUGGACGGCCUGCCGCGGUCCGGCGACGCGAACGGCCGCGCGUUCCGCGACGAGGCCUGGGAGGCCAAGGUGCUCCAGCUCACGCGCGACCUCGGCGUCGGCGCGCAGUUCGGCGGCAAGUACUUCUGCCACGACGUGCGCGUCGUGCGGCUGCCGCGCCACGGCGCGUCGUGCCCCGUGGGGCUCGGCGUGUCCUGCUCCGCGGACCGGCAGGUCCGCGGCAAGGUCACGCGCGACGGCGUCUUCCUCGAGGCGCUCGAGCGGGACCCCGCGCGGUUCCUGCCCGAGGCGUCCGUCGACGGCGACGGCGGCCUCAGCGAGGCGGUCGUCGCCGUCGACCUCGAGCGGCCCAUGGACGACAUCCGCGCGCAGCUCUCGCAGUACCCCGUCGCGACGCGGCUCUCGCUCACGGGCACGAUCGUCGUCGCGCGCGACAUCGCCCACGCGAAGAUCCAGGAGCGGCUCGACGCCGGCGAGCCCAUGCCCCAGUACCUGCGGGACCGCAUCGUCUACUACGCGGGGCCCGCGAAGACGCCCGACGGCCACGCGUCCGGCAGCUUCGGCCCGACGACGGCGGGCCGCAUGGACUCCUACGUCGGCCCCUUCAUGGAGGCCGGCGGGUCCUUCGUCUCCCUGGCCAAGGGCAACCGGUCGAAGCAGGUCACGGACGCCUGCAAGCGCUACGGCGGCUUCUACCUCGGGAGCAUCGGGGGGCCCGCGGCGAUCCUCGCGCAGAACUGCAUCCGCAACGUCGAGGUCCUCGAGUACCCGGAGCUGGGCAUGGAGGCCGUCUGGAAGAUCGACGUCGAGAACUUCCCCGCCUUCAUCGUCGUCAACGACAAGGGCGACGACUUCUUCAAGAAGUGGCUCGGCUGA